UUAUAUUAGUGCAGAACACUGUACCUUUAAUUUAAAUGCCCUUGGAGUCUGCUGGGGAAGAGAAAUAAUACUUUCAGUCAGUGUGACAUGCAGAUGAGUGCCGUCGAUCUUAGAAUCACCGCUCACUUCACUCAUUUGGGCAGUCCACGGGGCCAAAACCAGAGUGUGGAGCCACAGUGUGGCGGUGGAGGCAGCAGCAAUGGAAGGCCAUACAGCACCCUAUCACAAAAUGGAACCCACCAACAGUGUCAGGAGACCUGAAAGUGGCACAUGGCGCAGGGUGGCGGUGGAGGCAGCAGCAAUGGAAGGCCAUACAGCACCCUAU